GCAAUAAUAACCUUUUGUCCUGGGGUGACGUUAUGAUGCUUGUAUCCCCAUUCAUCUGUUCUGUGCCUUUAAGACCGGCUCUGAAGAGUGAAAGUUUUGUUUGGGUUUCUCUUAUCAGGGACACAGAGACGGGCAGUACAUAGGGCUGUUUUUCACUUCUUGCUUUUGGCUUGCUGCUUUGCUUGCUCUCUUUCUGCUCUUGCUUUUGCUUCUGCUUAUUAGCUAGCUCUAGCUAAUCGGUCCAAAUUCCUUCCUGGACUGUUUCUCCUCUCCUGUUUCCGUGACCAUCUCGAACCUGCUCCGGACUGGGACCUGGGAACACCAAGGGUUUGCACCGUUGCCCCAGCGCCGGAGGGACUGAGAACAGAGCAACCACCCCCGAAAGAGACUUUCUGAUUUUGCCAUCUUUCUCAGAGUGGUGUCAUCUGGUAUUGUUCAUUUUGUGUGCUGGAGGUGCUGUGUCUGUCAAAUAAACAGGUUCUUUCCACCUCUCUCCCUCUCUCCAAGGAAUUCUUCCCAAACCAGUUGGGGGGGGGGUGGGGGUGUGCGCGUUUGCUUUUCUGAAGGGGCCCUCCUUUGCAGAUUCUUUAACAAAUUUGCCCUAAACCAGCACAAAAUAUUGGCACCCAUCCUGGGGGCUCGAGAGAGUGGAAAAACCUUGUUUUGACUGCAUUUUUGUUGCUAUUACUCUGUGUUCAUUUAAAUCAGCUAAUAGCCAUGCUUUUUGGAUUCAUAAUGUCUAUUGGGGUGAAGGUUUGCAUACAUUUCUGGUCCCUAGAGUUUUUUGAGAUUUUAAUACCUCUCUGGUCCCUAGGUUUAUUUUCUUAUCCAGAAAUAGCUUUAGUAUUGUCCCUAAUAUGUAGUUUUUACAUCAGAGGGGUAGUGACCAGAAUAGCUAUCCUGCUGGGCUUGGUGGCAAUGAUGUGCAAGUAGUUUAUAAACAUGCUAGGGUCUGCUCCAGGUAUGAAUGGUUCAUGGCUGUGGUUACGCAUCCAGUUUGUGGCAGGAGGAGCAGGAGAGAAUGAGGUUUUUCAGCCUCUGCUUUCCUUCUUCUCCUAUGAAUCAGUUGCAUCACUAGUGAAGACUGUUCAGUUUCCCCUCAAUGUUAAAGAAACCAUCUUUCUGGUAUUCAAUCUGGUAACCUUCCUCUAUACAGCCUGCUGCUUCUCUAGAAUGAGGGCUGAGAUUUCUAGACGGGCUGAUGAGACCCCUGACUCAGGAGUAAACCCCGGUGUGGAAAAUCCUAAGUGGUGUGGAAAAUGGGAGGAUAUGGGCCAAAUCCUGAAGGAAUUCUCUGACCCUAUAGUCUGGGAUUUUCCCCAUGAACAAAUUCAGAACCCAGCUGAGGUGGGGAAAUAUCUGAAAGAGAAGUACCAGGACGAGCCUAAUGAGAGGAAGGUCAUUGCAGUGAGCGGGGCCCUGGCAUAUGCUUAUCUCACUCUGUUAGAGACUGUCGGGCAGCAGACAGAGGCAGGGGGCAGGGAGAUAAGUCAGCAACUAUCCCAGUGACUCAGGCUGCAGCUAACACUCCAGGCUCGAAGCCAGCAGCCAAACCAGAUAGUGAACCUAAGCCAGCAGCUAAACCCAUGGCUGUUGCUACCAGCACUAGAAGUGGGAAAUGCACGGACAAGACCAAUCAACCAGUGGAUAAUGAUGAUGAUGAUGAUGAUGAUGAAGGAGAAGGAACCUCAAUGCCUCCUCACAUAAAAUCAGGAGUCAAAGCGGCAGGUGCAAGAUCAGAAGCAAAUAUUGAGUCUUAUUCCCUGAAGGACCUUCGUGGCUUACGGAAGGAUUACACACGACGACCCGAUGAAUCCAUAAUUAGUUGGCUGGUCCGUCCCUGGGAUGCUGCAGGCGAGGCUACAAUUCUGGAUGGCACUGAAGCGAGGCAUUUGGGAUCCCUGUCACAGGACCCUGUCAUCGACCAAGAAAUGAUGAGGGAGGCUAAUCCACACAGCCUCUGGGCACGGGUCUUGGACAGUGUUGCACAAAGAUACCUGUGUGCAGAUGAUCUCUAUAUGCAACAAACUCAGUGGAAGACCAUAGAGCAAGGGAUCCAAUGCCUGAGAGAAAUGGCAGUGGCAGAGAUUAUCUUCUUAGAUGAUGUAACAUCUAGGAACCCAGACUUAGUGCCAUGCACGUCUGUGAUGUGGCGAAAACUUGUACAACUUGGGCCACAUGAAUAUGCUUCUGCCUUAGCCAUCAUGAAGAGGGAUGAGAGGGAUGAGACUGUGCUUGACAUGGCAAGGAAGCUCCGAGCAUAUGCAGAUGCUGUGCAGGGCCCAACACAUGCCAGAAUCGCAGCGGUAGGAACACGUCUGCAGAAUUUAGAGGAUAAGAUAGAGGAGAACCAUAAGAAGCUUAGAGAGGAGAUUAAAGAAGACCUUCUCCAAAUUUCAGCAGUACAGAUCCAAGGUUCUGGUAUCCAAGGCAGACGUUUCCCAGAUGGUGAGAGAAGGUACACCCCAUGAGCUGAGCUGUGGUUUUACCUGCGUGAUUGUGGGGAGAACAUGAGAAGGUGGGAUAGGAAACCUACUGCUGUUCUGGACGACAGGUGCGUGAACUGAAGGAAGCCACCAGGAGGAAAGCAGCUCCAGUUGCCCGUAGCCGAACAGCCAGGUAUGAUGAUGAUAUGUCUGAUCCCCUCAAAGGAACAUUCAAAAAAUAUGCCCAGGGAAAGAAGGAUAACCAGGCUUAGAGGGACCCUGCCUCUAGCCAGGUAGAGGCCAGGGAAAAUCGUGUUUUCUGGUCUGUGUGGAUUCGUUGGCCUGGCACAUCGGAACCACAAGAGUACAAAGCUUUGGUCGAUACUGGUGCGCAAUGCACAUUAAUCCCAUCAAGACAUGUGGGGACAGAGUCUGUUUCUAUUGCUGGUGUGACAGGGGGAUCCCAGGAUUUCACUUUGGUGGAAGCUGAUGUGAGCCUAACGGGAAAUGAGUGGAAAAAGCAUUCUAUUGUGACUGGCCCAGAGGCCCCAUGUAUUUUGGGCAUAGACUACCUUCGAAGUGGGUACUUCAAUGACCCAAAAGGACUCAGAUGGGCAUUGGGAAUAGCUGCUGUAGAGACAGAGGGCAUCCAGCAAUUGAACACCUUCCCUGGGUUGUCUGAGAAUCCAUCUGCAGUAAGAUGCCUGACGGGAGAAGAGCAACGAGUACCAAUUGCCACUUCCAUAGUGCAUUGAUGACAGUAUAGGACCACUCGAGAUGCUGUGAUCCCCAUGCAUAAGAUGAUCCGAGAGCUGGAGAGCCAAGGGGUGGUCAGCAAGACCCACUCACCCUUCAACAGCCCCAUUUGGCCUGUGAAAAUCUGAAGGAGAAUGGAGAUUGACUGUGGACUACCGUGCAUUGAAUGAAGUGACUCCACCACUGAGUGCUGCCGUGCCAGACAUAUUAGAGCUCCAGUAUGAGCUUGAGUCCAAGGCAGCAAAGUGGUACGCCACUAUAGACAUUGCCGAUGCAUUUUUCUCCAUUCCUCUGGCAGCAGAAUGCAGGCCUCAGUUUGCUUUCACAUGGAGGGGAGUGCAGUACACCUGGAACCGACUGCCCCAGGGGUGGAAGCAAAGCCCCACCAUCUGCCAUGAUCAAGACUGCACUAGAAAGGGGUGAGGCUCCAGAACAUCUGCAGUACAUGCAUGACAUCAUUGUGUGAGGGAACACAGCUGCGGAAGUGUUUGAGAAAGGGAAGGAAAUCAUCCAGAUCCUCCUGGGAGCUGGUUUCGCCAUUAAAAAGAGCAAAGUAAAGGGACCAGCUCGUGAGAUUCAAUUCCUAGGAGUGAAGUGGCAAGAUAGACGGCGUCAGAUUCCUACAGAUGUCAUCAACAAGAUCACAGCAAUGUCUCCACCCACCAAUAAGAAAGAGACACAAGCUUUCCUGGGUGCCAUAGGUUUUUGGAGGAUGCAUAUUCCUGAGUACAGUCAGAUCGUGAGCCCUCUUUACCUGGUCACCCGCAAGAAGAACAAUUUCCAGUGGGGCCCUGAGCAGCAACAAGCCUUUGCACAGAUCAAGCAGGAGAUUGCUCAUGCAGUAGCCCUUGGCCCGGUCAGGACAGGACCAGAGGUAAAGAACAUGCUCUACUCUGCAGCUGGAUACAAUGGCUUGUCCUGGAGCCUUUGGCAGAAGGUGCCUGAGGAGACUUGGGGUCGACCACUGGGAUUUGGAGUCGAAGCUACAGAGGGUCUGCAGCCAACUACACUCCCACAGAGAAGGAAAUCAUGGCUGCCUAUGAAGGAGUCCAGGCUGCCUUGGAGGUAAUAGGCACUGAAGCACAACUCCUCCUGGCACCCCGACUACCACUGCUGGUGUGGAUGUUCAAAGGCAAGGUUCCUUCCACUCACCAUGCCACCAGUGCUACAUGGAGCAAGUGGAUUGCUCUCAUCACUCAGUGCACCCGUAUAGGUAAACUGAAUCGCCCUGGGAUUUUGGAGGUCAUUACAAAUUGGCCCGAAGGUGAGAAUUUUGGUGUCACAGAUGAAGAGGAACAAGAACCAGUGACACGGGCUGAAGAGGCUCCUCCCUGUAACCAACUGCCACCAGAGGACACAUGCUACACUCUUUUCACUGACGGUUCCUGUCGCAUCGUAGGGAUGAACCGGAAGUGGAAAGCAGCCGUAUGGAGCCCCACACGACAGGUUGCACAAGCUACCAAAGGAGAAGGUGGAUCAAGCCAACUUGCUGAACUCAAAGCUGUUCAACUGGCCCUAGACAUUGCUGAGAAAGAGAAGUGGCCAAAGCUCUACCUCUACACUGAUUCAUGGAUGGUAGCCAAUGCUCUGUGGGGAUGGCUGGAGAAGUGGAAAAAGGCCAACUGGCAACGUAGAGGGAAACCAAUUUGGGCUGCUGAUGAGUGGAAAGACAUUGCUACCAGGGUAGGGAGGCUACCUGUGAAAGUCCACCAUGUAGAUGCCCAUGUACCCAAGAGUAGGGCCAAUGAGGAGCACCAAAACAGUGAGCAGGUAGACCAAGCUGCAAAGAUAGGGGUGUCCAAGAUAGACCUAGAUUGGGAACAUAAGGGAGAGUUAUUCCUAGCUCGAUGGGCCCAUGAUGCCUCAGGCCAUCAGGGCAGGGAUGCCACCUAUAAGUGGGCACGAGACCGAGGGGUGGAUCUAACCAUGGACAGUAUUUCUCAGGUUAUCCAUGACUGUGAGAUGUGUGCUGCCAUCAAGCAGGCCAAGCGAGUGAACCCCUCUGGUACGGUGGGCGGUGGUCCAAGUACAAGUAUGGGGAGGCCUGGCAGAUUGACUCCAUCACACUGCCCCAGACACGCCAGGGCAAAUGCUACGUGCUGACCAUGGUGGAAGCCACCACUGGAUGGUUGGAAACCCACCCUGUGCCUCAUGCUACAGCCGGGAACACCAUCCUGGGCCUUGAAAAGCAAGUCCUGUGGAGACAUGGUACCCCUGAGAGGAUCGAGUCAGACAAUGGGACUCAUUUCAAGAACAGCCUUAUCAACACCUGGGCUAGGGAACAUGGCAUUGAGUGGGUGUACCAUAUCCCUUACCAUGCACCAGCUGCAGGAAAAGUGGAGAGGUACAAUGGACUACUAAAAACCCAGUUGAAAGCUUUGGGUGGGGGAUCUUUCAAAAAUUGGGAGCAGCAUUUAGCAAAGGCCACCUGGUUAGUUAACACCCGAGGUUCCACCAACCGAGCAGGUCCUGCCCAGUCUGAGUUCCUGAAUGUAAUAGAAGGAGACCAAGUCUCAGUGGUACAUAUCAGAGGUUUGUUAGGGAAGAUUGUGUGGAUCAAUUCUGCCUGGAGUACAGACAAACCCAUUUGUGGGGUUGUCUUUGCUCAGGGACCAGGUUGCACAUGGUGGAUAAUGCAAAGAGAUGGAACAGCAUGAUGUGUACCUCAGGGAGAUCUGAUUGUGGGGUGAGAAUGAUAUGCAAUAUCGCUGCUCAUUGGAUGUUACUGCCAUUGUCUGUACAUUAAACCAUACAGACAUGAGAUAGAAGGAAAUGUGUAAGUGUUGAAGGUCUGGGCAAGUGGAAGAUGGAGAAGGAAAUGUGUAAGUGUCGAAGGUCUGAGCAAGUGAUAGAUAGAGCUUUAAGUGAGAAAAGUAAAAGGGGGGAAUCCUGCAGAUCUGUAAUAUAGGGCCUGGAUUCAGUGGUCCAGUGUGGGGAUGUGAUGAAGGCAUGAUGGGUAUUGCUUGUAAAUUUUGGGGGAACAGAUGGAAAUUUUGUAUGAAUAAUGCAUGAUGUGUUGUAGUAUGUUGAUGAUAUGGUGAUAAGGGGUGGAAUGUCCUGGGGUGACGUUAUGAUGCUUGUAUCCCCAUUCAUCUGUUCUGUGCCUUUAAAACCGGCUCUGAAGAGUGAAAGUUUUGUUUGGGUUUCUCUUAUCAGGGACACAGAGAUGGGCAGUACAUAGGGCUGUUUUUCGCUUUUUGCUUUCGCUUUUUGCUUUUUGUAGAAGUCCAUCCGAAAAUCCUUCAUGUUUUGCCUCACAAUUGUCAUGAGAAAAAGACUACCGAAGGGUUAAAGCUGCUGAGCUGGUUGGGAAAGAAAGUCUCCUGCUUAUCUAGUGAUGUUUGCAGAACACGCCAUGCUGUACUCGAAGGGGGCAUGCUGCCCUUUUCUGGACAAUUGAACUGGACUUUCUUCCAAACUCCUGACCUGGCUGGACUGAGCUCUGGGGUUGUUCCCCUCCGCUCCAUGAGAAGACCCCUCUUGCCUGUCUUCAACCACCGUGACAGACCAACAGAGAUGCAAAUCCCCUCGUCAAGGAACCAAGAACCCCUUUGGCACCCUACUGGCACCCCCAUGGCACCCCCCUGGACUGUACUCCCUCCCAACUCAGGGAGGGGGAAAACCCUAACGUACCUGUGAGCAUUCGGCCAUGAAAACAAUGGACUUCUCCCCUCCAUGGAAACCUAAUUUCAGCUACCUUCCCCCAACCAAGAACAGUAUAUAUAUUGAGGUUCGGCCCGACUGUCCUUUGAGAUCUCCCCAAGACGUAACCAGUGAGUUUCGCUGGCGGGACCCCGAAGACAUCACGUUUUGGUAGCUAUACCCCAUUCCCUGACCUCCUUUCCUCCCUUUUUCCUUGUCUUACCCUUCUCUUCCCCGGAUCCCUUAACCAAAUGCAUAUUUAGCUGUGGUUAUAAUCAAUAAAUUGCACCUUGUUGAUUUGUUACUGCAAAACCCCUGUGCCUCUUGUUGGUUAUUUUUGCACCCAAAAAUCAUUCGUCACCCGUUUAUUUCGGGCGGACCUUCACAGCUUGCUGCUUUGCUUGCUCUCUUUCUGCUCUCGCUUCUGCUCUGCUUUGGCCUCUGCUUAUUAGCUAGCUCUAGCUAAACAGUCCAAAUUCCUCCCUGGACUGUUUCUCCUCCCCUGUUUCUGUGACCAUCUUGAACCUGCUCCGGACUGGGACCUGGGAACACCGAGGGUUUGCACCGUUUGGCUGCAGCAGCUGCCCCAGCGCCAGAGGGACUGAGAACAGAGCAACCACCCCCAAAAGAGACUUUCUGAUUUUGCCAUCUUUCUCAGAGCGGUGUCAUCGGAAGCCGGACCACCAUUAUCUGGGGAUACUCCUUUCUAGGAUACAUCCUGAGAAAAACUAAAUCACAACAGUGUAUAGAAUUGUGACAUAAAAAUUGGAAGUAGAAACUGCCGAUAAGUAAAAACUGGAAAUAGAAACUGCUGAUGAGUAAAAAUUGGGAAUAGAAACUGCUAAGAAAGCUUAUGAGUACCCCUAUAAAUACCUGUAAGCCUCAACUAUCAGUGUGCAGAUGGAGGGAAAACUUCCCCCACUGUACCCAGCGCUGUAUUCCUCAUACUUUACCAUAAUUAUUAAUAAAUUGAUUGUUGCUUGAA